UACGUUUGUUUGCAUUUUCUAUAAUAGUUUUUUUUGUUGAAUAAUUGAAUUGUAUUUGUUUAGGAUUCUUUUAAAGCGAGGAAUAAUUCAGUAAAAUGGGGGAGAAAUCCACCCCCCUCCUUGCAGUUUUGCAACUUCUUCGAAAAUACAACUUGAAGGGCACAGAAGAGAUUCUACGUAAAGAGGCCAGUUUAAGUGACACAGAGAUUGGAAACUUAGAUCUGCCAGAAGUCGAAUUAGCCAGCAUCCUAACAUCCCAUCAUACCGAAAGUGAUCCAUACAGUUACGAGUUUGCUUAUGAUAGCCUCAAGAAAUUUAUAGACAAUUCUUUGGAUGUUUAUAAGCAUGAGUUGUCUACACUUCUGUAUCCAGUUUUUGUGCAUAUGUAUUUGAGCCUUAUAUUAUAUGACCACAAUGAACAUGCAGCAAAGUUCUUGGACAAGUUUGGCAAAGAACAGGAAGACUAUUAUCUGGACGACCUUGCCAAGUUGGCUAUUGUCAAGAGUAAAGAUCAAAUCAAAGGCAAUGAACUGGCUGAAAUUUAUACUGCAAACAAGUUUGUGGUUCAGUUUUCAAGAGAUGCCUCCUCGCAGUUGAAGCGGUUUCUGCAUGAGCAGAAGAACUCCACCGUUAUAAUCAAUAUCAUCAACAAUCACAUCCAGAUAGAGGUCCACGACGGUCCCGGGAGGAGCCUGGCGCAGGUGCGGGCCAACACUGGAGGUGUCCUGGGAGAAGCUACUAGAAAUGAAAACCGUGCCAAGGUAUACUACGGACUGCUGAAGGAGCCGGACAUCCAGGUGCUGCCGCCCACCGUAGAGGAUGAGGAGGAAGUUGAGGAGACUCCGGACAAACCCAAGAAGAAGAAAGCUAAAAAAGACAACAUCUUUAUGAAAAAACCAAAGUCUGAUCCAAAUGCUCCUCCUAAUGAUAGGAUUCCAUUGCCUGAACUGAAGGAGAACGACAAAAUAGAAAAGGGCAAAGCCAUUAGAGAAGCAACAAAGAGGGUGCAGCUCGGGCCGGAGAGCCUGCCGUCCAUCUGCUUCUACACGCUGCUGAACAGCGGGCACACCGCCAUAUGUUCAGACAUUUGUGACGACUCCUCGCUACUGGCGGUGGGCUUUAACAACUCCACUAUUAAGGUGUGGACUCUAACACCGGUCAAAUUGCGCGGCAUGAAAUCAGCAGAAAAGUUACAAGACAUUGAUAAAGAAGCAGGCGACGUGCUGGUGCGCAUGAUGGAGGAGAAGGACCGCGACACGGCGCGCACGCUGUUCGGCCACGCGGGGCCCGUGUACCGCGUGGCCUUCGACCCCUUCCGCAACCUGCUGCUGUCCUGCUCCGAGGACGCUACCAUCCGCCUGUGGUCUCUACAAUGCUGGACGUGCCUAGUCGUGUACCGCGGGCACGUGUGGCCCGUGUGGGACGUGCGCUGGUCCCCGCACGGCCACUACUUCGCGUCGGGCGGCCACGACCGCACGGCGCGCCUGUGGGCCACCGACCAGCACCAGCCGCUACGGAUCUUCGCUGGGCACCUGUCUGAUGUUGAUUGUGUGCAGUUCCACCCGAACUCGAACUACGUGGCGACGGGGUCGAGCGACCGCACGGUGCGCCUGUGGGACUGCGUCACCGGCGGCCAGGUGCGCAUCAUGACGGGGCACAAGCUAUCAAUCUUCGCGCUAGCAUUCUCCGUGUGCGGGCGCUACUUAGCAUCCUCGGGCGGCGGCGGCGGCGGCGGCGGGGGCGCGGGGGGCGGUGAGGUGCGCGUGUGGGACCUGGCCAGCGGCGCGCCCGCCGUGGUCCUGCCGCCCGCGCACGCCGCGCCUGCGCAUGCGCUGGCGUUUAGUCGCGACGGGACUGUGCUUGCUUCAGGAUCACUGGAUAACACAAUCAAGCUGUGGGACUUCGCACUAGCUACCGAUGAGACGACGGCCGAGGAGCCAGUCGGAGCCCCCACGACGGCGCAGAAGGAAGAGAAACUACUCCUGAGAUCAUUCGCCACCAAAAACUCUCCCGUCACCAGCCUGCAUUUCACUAGACGUAAUCUGCUCUUAGCAGUCGGCACGUAUGAAGGAAGUUCGUAGUUAUUUAA